GCUGGAUCUUCUUUCGCGACUGAACCGUGGAGGAUUUUUUGUGGAUUCUGCCGCAGUCACAAACUUAGCUGCAUAAAUUACGGCACACGCGUGUCAGUCAUAUAUAAAGCUUACCAAACCCAUUUCGAAGUCACAGUUUACCGUCCGUGUCAUCUAAGAAACAUUCGUGCCAUAAACCUAGUCUAGCGCUGUUCUCAGUACCCAUCAAGAUGAUCUUCGGAGUUCUAGUUCUGGUUAUUGCCGUUGCCUCGGCAGCACCACAAGGUCGCUCAGCCGAAGCAGACUCACAAAUCGUCAGCCAGACGUCGGAUAUUCAACCGGAUGGAAGCUUCGCGUACGCUUUCGAGACCAACAAUGGAAUCAAAGUCGAGGACCAAGGUACCAUCAAGCAAAUAAGGGUUCCCAAGACGGACGACUCCGGACGUUCGAUUGGCGAGGAAACUGUGCAGGUUGCCGUCCAGACUGGAUCAUUCCAGUUCACCGCUCCCGACGGACAGGUGUACACCGUGAGAUACAUCGCCGAUGAGAACGGCUUCCAACCGCAGGGUGAUCAUCUUCCAGUGGCGCCAUCCGUCUAGUUUAGUUAGAUCCGUGACAGAAACAACUUACUCCACUCGCAUGUUGAUUGAAAAACCACGAUUGUGUUUCCGCCAAUGAUGAUAUUUAUUACUGUAAAUAUAUGGAUAUGAUUUUACAUCUCCAA